AUGCAUAUUAUCAAUAUAAACUCAACGAAGCAAGAGAAGGAAAACGCACCCAAGGAAGCCGAGCCUUUCGAGUUUUCCGCCCCCAUGCCGGCCAUGUCGGCUCAGGAUCUGGAUAUCAUGAAACUCACCGCUCAAUUCGCUGCACGCAAUGGACGACAGUUCAUUACCCAACUUGCUCAACGAGAAUCCCGCAAUUACCAGUUUGAUUUCCUUAGACCGUCUCACAGCUUAUUUCCCUACUUCACCGAACUUGUCAAACAAUAUACAAAGGUGCUGGUGCCACCUAAAGACUUGAAGGACCGAUUGAGAAAGAACAUUGAGAACAAAUACCGAAUACUUGAUAGAGUCAAGGAACGAGCCGAAUGGGUCGUUUGGUUGGAAGCAGAGAGAAAGAAAAAAGAAAGCGAAGACGAGAAAGAACGAAUCGCUUAUGCUAGCAUUGAUUGGCAUGAUUUCGUUAUUGUGGAAACGGUGGAAUUCACUGAAGCCGAUGAGCAAACCGAUCUUCCUCCGCCCAUGAGUUUAUCCGAGUUGGAGAACAUGUCACUUGCUCAGAAACGAUUUGCAGCGAUGCCCGAGCCCACCGCCGAAGAAGAAGCAGCGGAAGAUGUUGAAAUGGAUAUGGAUGAUAGUGAUGAAGAACAGGAAGGCAAAGCAGACGCCGCUCCGGCUGUUCCUGUGGCUCCUGACAUGAAUGCACCCAUCAAGAUCCGAACCAACUAUAAACCAAAGAUCAUUGGCGCUACCCCGGCCAAGGUGGAUGAACCGACGCAAAUCUGUCCCCGUUGUGGUGAAGCGAUCCCCGUAUCGGAAAUGGACGAGCAUAUGCGUAUUGAAUUGCUGGAUCCCAAGUGGAAGGAACAGAAACAAGCCAUGGAGGCCAAGAAGAAGGACUCCAACUUAUUGCAGGAAGGUACCGAUGUGGCCAAGAUCCUCAAGAAUUUCUCGGGCUAUCGUUCGGAUAUCUUUGGCUCGGAAGAAACCGAAAUUGGUAAAAAGAUCAAAGCUGCCGAAGAAGAAGCAAAGAGACGCGACAAGGUUAUUUGGGAUGGUCAUACCGCUACCAAGACCCUCGCCACUCAACGCGCUGCUCAAAACAUGAUUGACUCUCAAAUUGCCGCCAUCCACAGCAAAAAUACCACCGCCACAGAUGAAUCGUUUGGACCGAGGAUGCCGGGUCAGAUGGAAUCACCUACGGCGUAUGCGUCACCGACACCUCACGGUCCUCCACAUGGUCAAUACUAUGGUGCUCCUCAGCCUGUAGGCGGAUCGAUGCCGCCGCCGCCGCCUUUUGCUAACCAAUUACCUGAUAUGUAUAAUCAGGGCAUGGGAAUGCCCAUGCCUGCACCACCCACUCCUAUGGCACCUCCGGCGGACUUAACCCGUAAAGCGGAACAAGAACCUGAAGGACAAAUGGAAGCCAAGAAGCCGCGAUUGGAUUCCAGCACACCUACCGAAGGUGACUGGGCUAACCAGGAACCCACUACUGUGAGUCUGACAAUUCAAACUCCCAAUAUGCCGGAUAAGCCCGAGUGGCAGUUGACAGGAGCCAGUAUCACCAUUGCCGACCUUCCUCUGUCUACGUUGGUCUCUACGGUGAAGGAUCGUAUUUCAUCGCAACUGGGAAUGCCUGCAGGCAAACAAAAGUUGUCGCUCAACAACACCAUCAUGAAUAACGGUAAAAGCUUGUCUUUCUAUGGUGUCGUCGAUGGCAGCACAUUGCAACUAGGAUUAAAGGAUAGAGGCAAGAAAUAA